ACUAUAAUUUUGUAUAUAUUUUUUUAUGAAAAUAAAAUUUAUUUCAGAAUUUUAGGCAUCAUGUUGGUCACAAAGAAGUUUUCAAAUAUUUUAACACCAAGGGCUAUCAAUUCGACUGUUAGAUUGUUCCAAGUUUGUGUGAUGGGAGGUGCGAGCGAGAUCGGGCAAGCCCUCAGUUUAAUGUUGCGCACCGAGCCGUCCGUCAGCAAGCUGGUCAUCCACGACACCUGGGAGACCGCGCCGGGCGUCGUCAUAGAGCUCUCGCACAUUCCCGCCAAGUCCACACUAAAAGGGUACUUAGGCGAAGCGACAAUGAAGCAAGCGCUAGGCAGUAGCGACUUGGUACUUUUAGUCGGAGGACUACUCAAGACUCCCGGCGUGUCCGGCAAAACAUGUCUGGACGCCAACACGGAAUUUGUAAAAACGGUGUCCUCACACAUCGGCAGACUGUCUAAAAUGCCGUUCGUGGGAGUCGUCGCGGAGCCGAUCAACUCGCUGGUGCCGAUGGCCGCGGAAUUGAUGAGAAAUAUAGGUACUUUCGAUAGCAGGAAACUGUUCGGCAUCACUACUAUAGAUUGGCUCAGAGCACAAACACUUUUUGGGACGCAUCACGGCAUGGCACCCGAGGACUGCUUCGUGCCCGUCAUCUGCGGGCAUUCGAAUAAAACCACCGUACCUCUCAUUUCGCAGUCCAGACCCGGAACGAAUAUGACAGAUGCGGAAAUACUAAAAUUUGUAAAUGAAUUGCAAAGGUACGAUGAGAUAGUGAGUGAAGCCAAGCACGGCAAGUCGCCGACGGUGUCGGUGGCGUACAGCGUGCUGCUGUUCGUGCGCGGCGCGCUGGCGGCGCUGGGCGGCCGGCGCGCGCAGCUGCACGCCUACGUCGAGAACAAUGACUUCGGCACAUCCUACUUCUCCGGUUUAGUGCAAGUCGAUUCCAACGGUGUGAAAGAGAUGACGAGAUAUACCAAUGAUAUCUCCCAAUACGAGUGUCAGAUACUAGAAGAAGCUCUGGAUCAAUUGAGGAAAGAUAUCGCUAUGGGAAAAAAAGUAUUAGAAGUGGAAUAAUAAAUCUAAACGUUAAUGUGUGAACACUAAAACUGAAUAUAAUUAUAAAUUGCUCAAGAUUUUGGCGCAAAGUUUAGCGGCUUGUACUAACGUUUUUAUUAGUGCGUGUGUGCUAGGCUUUUAUUUUAUACACCUAUGUACCUAACUCUACCUCUGUACACCUUUAAAUGUAUCUACUUUUCUAAUUAUAUAUUCACUGCGGAAAUAACAAUGUUUCAUUCAUGACUUUUUAAUUCCUAAGGCGCGGUGUAAGUAU